UCUCUGCCUUCACCUUCAGAACAAAAAAAAAAACAAUCUUAAAAAAUGGCCCUCUGGUUCCCUUCCCUCUGCUUCAUCUCACUACUCCUCGUCUCCAUAUCUACAGCCGCUUCUCCUCCUCCUCCCCUAAUCGACGCGCUGCUCCCGAAUGGCAACUUCGAGCAAUCCCCGCCGGCGUCAAAACUCGUCAAGCGGGCCAUCAUAGGCAGGCUCUCGCUGCCCAAGUGGGAAAUCACGGGCCUGGUCCAGUACGUCUCGGGCGGGCCUCAGCCCGGCGGGUUCUACUUCGCCAUCCCGAGAGGGGCCCACGCUGUCAGGCUCGGGAACCGGGCCACCGUCUCGCAGCCCAUUAAGCUCCCCGCGGGCCCAGGGGCCUACAGCCUGACGUUCGGGUCCACCAAGUCGUGCGCGCAGGACGAGGUGCUCCGCGUCACGGUGGCUCCCGCCGCCGGGAAGGGCAGAGCUGCUGCCGCUGCCUACGUGGCGGCGGAUCAGCCGCUCCAGACGCUGUACAGCACCGACGGCGGCGACACGUAUGCUCUGGCUUUCACCGUUCCUUACAAGGGCGGCGAGGUCGUGAGGAUUAGUUUUCACAAUCCGGGCGUUCAGGAGGAUGCUGCCUGUGGGCCGUUGCUCGACGCCGUUGCCAUCAAGCAGAUUCCGCCUCUUACGUACACCAAAGGCAACCUGGUGAAGAACGGCGGAUUCGAAAUCGGCCCCCACGUGUUCAACAACUUCUCCACCGGCGUCCUCAUCCCGCCGAAAUCCAUGGACAAAACCUCCCCACUCCCCGGCUGGAUCGUCGAAUCCCUGAAACCCAUCAAAUACAUCGACUCUCGCCACUUCAACGUCCCGUCGGGCCUCGCCGCCGUGGAGCUCGUCGCCGGCAGGGAAAGCGCCAUCGCCCAGAUCAUCAGAACCGUCGCCGGGAAAUCCUACAACCUGUCCUUCGCCGUCGGUGACGCCAAGAACGGCUGCCACGGCUCCAUGAUGGUCCAGGCCUUCGCCUCCAACAAGACCCUCCAGGUUCCGUUUGCGUCGGUCGGAAAAGGCGCCGUGAAAAGGGCCAGCCUCGUGUUUCCGGCGGUUUCCAACCGGACGAGGAUCACGUUCUUUAGUAAUUUUUAUCAUACCAAGUUGCGUGACUUCGGGCACCUCUGUGGCCCGGUUCUCGAUGAUGUGAGAGUGGUCGGUGUUCGGAGCUACAAGAAGUUGGUCUAGUGAUACGAUGAUGAAGAUAUUUAACUCGUUAUGUUGAUUUGGUAACAUGAUCGGGUAUACAUUAUAUGUGUUCGGGUUUGGAACAAUGACAUAUGCUAAUUUGAGUGUUUAAGUGGAUGAAUUGCUUGUUUGAUUCGUCUUGGUUGAUUAACAUGCAGUUUGGUUCCUUACAAGAUACUUAAUUUCUUACAAAAUAUAUGGUUGUCAUUAUGUGAUAGAUACGUUACCUGUUCGUAUAAGAUUUCAGGUUUGAAUGUAAUGAAUUUUUAUUAAACCUUCUUUAUAAAAUCUUUCGACUCAUAUUAUCUCCUUUAAUUAUCACACUGGUUUUGACUCGACUACAAUUUGAAGGUGAUAGACAAAUCAGAUAAAUCGUUCGAAAAAAAAUAAGAGGAUGCAUAUGUAAGAGUAAGACAAGCGAUAGAAGAAGAAGAAAACUGCUUUUACAUCGAGUUAAACUAAACCAUUCUUUUUGUCAUUAAUGGUAUAAACCAUCCCAUCUCCCAUAUCUAUGUUCAAACUUCAAACCCUCUUUUGGAUCAUAGCACUAAACAUGGAACCCUACCACCAUGGGAUUGGGAUAUGUGUGCAAACCUCCAAGUUGUAAACGUUAGGCUUCAAUCAAAGACAACGCACAUGACAAGCCCUAUUCAGUCAACAAUGUCUCAUGUAUAUACAUAUCCCUCACGCCAAGUCCUUUCAUUCUUUUAUUGGUGAGUCCAACUCACAUUUGGCCCUUUGGUGGGUGAUCUCUACUUUCCUUCUCACUUAAAAUUACUACUUCUCGACAUGAUCAUCAUUCCAAUGAAUUUGUAACAUUUUUUCGAUUUUCAGGAGAGGCAGACUCGUCAAACUAAAUAUAAAUUACUCUUCCAGAAAAGCUCUCUAAACUUCCUAAUGUUGACAUUAGCCACCGCAUCCCGAAUCGGAAAUUUGAUUUUUUCGAGUCCCUUUCUGGCUCUCUCUAUCGUCGUUUACAGACUAAAACAAGAGACACCGGGGGGGGGGGGGGGUUGAGUUUCAAAAACCAGUUGAUCUCAAUAACUCGAAUUAUUGGGAGAUGUUCUAUUAUGAAAUCAUAUACCAUUUCUUAACACAUUCAUUCAAACGAAAAACCGACUCAUAUGAGAUUGAAGUUUGUAAAGAUCCGAAUACCAUAUACUUAGCAGAACAUACGGGGUCAUCGGGAUUCGUACAGAAGACUCAUCGGGUAUAGAAGGCUCCGAUAUCAUGUCAAGAACUAAUUGAUUACAAUAACUCGUAUAAUAACUCGAGUUAUUGGGAGAUUGCUGAAUUAUAGAUAAUGUACCAUUUAUUAACAACCACAAAGAGAAGGGUAAUGUGUAAUAAUCUCUGCCGUUUGAAUUGUUGGGAAGUUGGACCAAAUCAGUGGUUGGAUUUGGUUUUCUUGACGACUAAACUACUGGAUUGCAGGAAGGUCGACAAGCCGACCAUCGCCGUCCAUCCACUUUCUUUGACAUGGUGGCGCCGCCGUCAGUGGAAUUGGUGGUGUGGCAUCAAUGAAUGAAACGACAUGACGGCACAUAAUAUAUUUGUUGAGAUGGAGUUGUGACGUUUCAUGGUUGUUGAAGAAGGCACUUCUGGAUUGGUUAAUUACAAUUUUAUAUGGCACAAGAUUGCGUCUUUGUUUGUCAACUAUUAAUUUACAACAACAAAAAAAAUGCUUGUAGGGUAUUUUUACUUAUUUUAUGUAAAAAUGAAUUUGUGAGGUAUAAUGUACAACAUGAAAUAGUUUGUGCAAUGCGAAUCAUUUUGUUUGACUUCCGGUUCUCCAAUCGGUAGAAUAAAUAUGUUUUUUGUUAUUGUACUAAUAAGUAUUAUGCGAAAAUUAGGAAUGAUAAUAUGGUAAGUCAUGCCAUGUAUCACUAAUAUCUACCUUCUUAUUUUUGCGAGUUGUUGAUCAUACCUGAUAAAUCGUUAUUAUGUGA